ACGUGGAAAAAACUUCUUUAUAGCCUUCAUUAAGAGUUCAGCGUCCUUUUCUGGAACAUCCCAUCAUGCAGGCUGACACCAGCGCGCACUCCAGCGCUGACAUUCAGAUCCAGAAAAUCUCCCGCCCUCUGGAUGAUGAAUGCCAUGUUUCCCUGCAGUUCUGCGCAGUACAUCACGCGCGCGAACGCGCUCGUGUUCCGCUCGUCCCGUCUCUCCUGGAGGCCACACACGUUGCUAUCUGGGCUGGAAGUUGUUUAGAUUCAUCCAACCUGUCAGACCUCACAGGCUGUGAGGAUGGAGUCUGUCUGAGGGAUGGAGACCUCCUUGGUGUGUCUGCGCCUGAGGUCAGAGCGGGAGAUGCGCAGCGCAACAUGCGCCGCGCAGAGAUAUAAGCCUUUAAUACCUUCAGGACCCAGGAGAAGGGAACAGCCCUCCGCGCACGCUCCACUGGAAACACGAGCGGCGCGCUGACUUGACCGGGACACCUCACUUUUACGCAGAAAACUGCGCGUAAAACUGGACUCUUUUUGUCUCUUUUUCCCUUUCCAUCUAUCUGUGUAACUGGACUCUCCACCUGUCACUUCUACUAGCGCAGGUCACAUGGCACACCUGCGCACGUCUCCGUCACUGGAACCGAGUGAACGGUAACGUUGACCGUUUAGUUAACGCGUGGUGUGAACGAGUGGAUCUUCAACCACCAUGCCGCCUAAAAAGAAGGGAGAGCACAAGGACACGGAUGUGGUGGAGGAGAGAAACGCUCAGGUGCAGCUGGAGAAGGCCAAGUACAAGCCUGUUGCUUUUGCGAUACGUUGCAACUUCUCGUACACGCCGGCAGACGACGACAACGUCCCUGUGCCGGGCAAGGCCGUGACCUUCGAGGCGCGAGACUUCCUGCACGUCAAAGAGAAAUUCAACACUGAAUGGUGGAUCGGCCGGCCGGUGAAGGAAGACAGCGUUGUGGGCUUCGUCCCCAGUCCGGUCAACCUGGAAACCAUCCUCAUCAGGAGAGAAGUGCAAGCACGGAAAGCCGCCAAGGCCUUAGCCAGCAAAGCCGCAUCUCAAACUACUCAGGACAUGAACUCUAAGAAGUACACGCCCCCCUCACAAGCCAAUCAGCAGGUGAAGAAGAAGCCGGGGGAGCAGGUGGCCAUGUAUGACGUUGUGCCUACAAUGCGUCCUGUGAUUCUGAUGGGACCAUCCCUGAAGGGCUUGGAUGUUACAGACAUGAUGCAGAAAGCUCUGUUUGACUUCUUAAAGCACAGAUUUGAAGGCAGAAUAACCAUAACCCGGGUCACGGCGGACAUCUCCCUGGCGAAACGGUCCAUCCUCAACAACCCUGGGAAGAAGGCCUUAAUGGACCGGUCCAACACCCGCUCCAACUUAGAUUCUGCUGCUCAGAUCCAGGGGGAGGUGGAGCGCAUCUUCGAGCUGGCCCGCAGCCUUCAGCUGGUUGUUCUGGACGCCGACACCGUCAACCAUCCUCUGCAGGUGUCAAAGACCUCUCUGGCUCCAAUCCUGGUCUACGUGAAGAUUUCUUCACCCAAAGUUUUGACGAGAUUGAUCAAGACCAGAGGAAAGUCUCAGACCAAACAUCUGAAUGUUCAGCUGGUGGCUGCAGAUAAACUCGCCCAGUGUCCAAGUGAAAUGUUUGACGUGAUCUUAGAUGAGAACCAGCUGUCAGACGCCUGUGAGCACAUCGCUGACUACCUGGAGUCCUACUGGAGAGCUACCCACCCGCCUGAGAUGGAGCCCGCCAACGCCAUGGUCGCCCAGCUGGCUGAGAACACGCUGCCCACCAGCCCCACAGCCAUCCCGGAUGAACAGAAGAGUAAAAAGGACCCCGCCCCCAAGAGGAAAGGUUCCCGUGACAACCACCCCGACAAGGAGCCAACAGCAGCCGCUGCUCAGGAGCAGAAAGCUGACGAAGGCCAAACUCAGGACGAAGAGGAGCAGAUGGUGAGGACUGAACCAAAAAAGCCCCAGCACAGCCACCACCACCACCACCGCCGGCGGACGGAUCACCACAGCCAGUGCAACCAAACCUCCGGCGCCGGGGACACGCGGUCGGGCAGAGACCUGAGCCACAGAGGGACAUGCAGGCCCCCGCCUGAGGAAAAGGAGGAAGAGGAAGAGGAGGAGGAGGUGGAGACCGUGGUGAAUAAGAAAGAGCCCCACUAUAACCACGGGGGUCACAACCACCACCACCACCACAACAGCCAUCACCACCGCCACCAGCAUCACGACAGGGACGAGUACGAGCACAACGAGCAGAACCGCAGGCAACGGCACCAGCAGCACAUUUCACCGCGGAAUCACCUCACAGACCGCUAUCCCGCACACAACGCACAGCACCACAAAGCACAUCACCACAUCACACAGCACCACAACGUACAGCACCUCAACGCACAGCACCACAACGUACAGCACCUCAACGCACAGCACCACAACGUACAGCACCUCAACGCACAGCACCACAACACACAGCACCACCACGCACAGCACCACCACGCACAGCACCACAACGCACAGCACCACAACCACCACCUCCACAGCAGGGACCGCGAGAGAGACGGACGCAAUGACAGACGGCACGCCGGAGAUGGCCAACAGUGGCGCGCUGGUUCCUACGUACACCAGUGACCCGAGGUUUUUCAUGGGUCGCGUACGGUGGCCCUGAAGGACAAAUCACACCAACAAAUCACUCAACGCAAAGAUCACAACGACAGCUAGAAAAACACCCAACAAAAAAUAAAACAACAGGACAGUCUGAAAAUCUAAAUAAAAUUCCAGAAGCCAAAAUGUAAAAAGAAAAAAUGUAGAAAACAAAUAUGAAAUGUCAAGAAAGGAAAAGGUAGUUAUUAUGGGAUAUCACUGACUAGGUGAGGAUGUUAAUGUUUUGAAGAAGAGGGACAGCAAAAGGAGGUUUAGCCUGAACUGUGGUGGAAUUCACCAAAUGUUUGCAGUGGGCGUGGCCAGAAGCUUGAAGACAUAUCUUCUGUCGGAAGAUGUCGCUGUGCCAAAUAACUUCCUGUUCAAAAGGUUAACAAGCAUCAUCAUACAGUUAGUCCAUCCAUCCAUCCAUUCAUCCUCUUCCGCUUAUCCGGGACAGGCUCAGUCCAAGCAAAGGUGCCCAGACUUCCCUCUUCCGGCCACUUCCUCCAUCCUCUAAAUAUGGAGGAGCAGCAGCUCUUCUGAGUUUUCUCCGGGUGACAGAGCUCCUCCCCCUUUCUCUAAGGGAGCGCUCAGCCGCCCUAUGGAGUAAGCUCAUUUCAGCAGCUGGUUCUUUGGGUCAUGAUCCAGAGCUCUUGACCAUAGGUGAGAAUUGGAACGAAGAUCAACCGGUAAAUGGAAAGCUUUGCUCAGCUCUCUCUUCACCACAACGGACCGAUCCAGCGACCACAUAACGACGGACGCUGCUCCGAUCGGCAUAUCAAUCUCGCGCUCAGAUCUUCCCUCACUUGUGAAAAAUACCAAGAUACUUACAGUCUUCCAAAAAGGGGAGGAGCUCUGCACCCACCCAGAGAAGACAAACUGUCAAGAAUCCAGCCAAGAACUCUGGCCUCAGACUGGGUGGUGCUGACCGUCAUCCCAGUCACCUCACACUUAGCCCCAACUGCCCCAAUGCAUGCUGGAGGUCCUGGUCCAAUGAAGCUUAUAGAGAAAAACAUCAUCUGCAAAGAACCGAGAGGAAAUCAUGGUUGCUUUUUAACUGCCGUUAUGAUCUUUAAUAUGUUUUUACGUCAAGUGAUUAGUUGAUGUGAUUUGCACUUCAGGGCCACCGUAGUCGGAAAACUCUUUCACACGGUUGGUUUUAUCAAACAUGUGAGAGCAGAUCUGUGGAGGAUUUUUUCUUUCUUUCUGUCUGCUGCACAUUUACACGCCUUCCCUCUUUUUCUUUUCUUUUUUUUGGUGUAACAAAACAAAACCUUUUGUCAUUUUCUCUCAUGUGUGCAUUUCUGCAGAAACGGACUGCAAAUGAGAUCCAGAACAAAAACAAUAUGGUUUAUGAUAUCCCAAACUAAAUUUAGAUUGUCCUUUAUAAAAUUCCUUUAGUUUUAGCUCCUUAGUCUGUAGGCCCAAGUGCAAUUAUUAUUACAAAUACUAUUGUUACUAUAAAGAAAAACCUUCAAUGAAUAUCAAAAUCAGUGUUUUUGGAUGCCACAGAGAUGUUCUGUUUGUUCAAAAUCUCCAAAAACUGAGGCUACAUUUGUGGAUCUGUGCAGGUUUUCAUCCAUAAUUACCUCUGACUGUGCAAGUUUCCACUGUUGGAUCUUGAAACCUGAAAAAAACUUUUGUAUGGGUUCAAGGUGUACCCCACCCCACUUAAAUCUGACUCUGCAUGUUGGCCAUCCUGCACUUGAUCCGAUGAGAGCAUGAAUGAUGCCGUAAUGCUGGAGACUCUAUGCAUCUUCCUCGGAACCUUCUUUAAACUCACCAUCUCUAUGCAUUUGUAAAUAUUCAUAACUGCCUUGAGUAAAUGAAAGCAGGAAAGUGGGUGGACCAAUGUGUGUGAUUGCUUUCUUUUUAGCAAGAAAGAAAUCUAUCUUUUAUGAUUUGCUUUGAUUGUUUUCUAAAGAACACGGAUGUUUACCAAAAUUAAAGAAACAAUGAUGACAACAAAAAA